AUGGUUGUAUGCUCAUGUGUUAGGGAGACCAAGAGGAGGAGGAUGGAAGAUGAGAUGAGAAUGAGAGAAGAAUUAGAGAAGGAUGAGGAGGUAUACCAAGGAAGGAGGUUAUGGAAGAAACCAGCAGAGGGUGUAGAGUUCAGAAGAGACACAUUUAUAGAGCAAGGUAGUUUUAUGCUAGUUAAUGGUCAAGACCUGUCCAAAGCCACUCACGAGGAAGCGGUGGAAGCCUUCAAGAAUGCCCAGGAACCCAUCAUUGUCCAGGUCAUGAGACGGUCAGCCUGCACGGCCAAGAACGGGAGCACCACGCCCAACGGUCAAGGGAGUGUGCCCAGCCCCUUGGAGAGGACAGUGUGCAGCGUAGGGACGCAGACAGAGCUUCAGAAUGAAGAUCUGCUGUGGAAGGUGCUACAGAGAUGCUCGCUACCCCCCAGUGAGAAUCACUGUGAUGGGACGUUAGAUGGAUUAUGUGACCUGGAUGCGGAGGACCCUCUCUCAGUCUUGGACUCUGAACUACUCCAGAAGUUAGAGGCCAUGGAAGGGAACCUGGACCUACCCAUACUUGAUGAGGAGGACUGUCUAGAUCGGGCUUAUGAGAUGGAGUAUGAGGAUAUUGUUUUGAAGCGUUCUAAUACGGAGGAGAAGCUAGGACUGACGCUGUGUUACGGCUCAGAAGAAGAUUCUGGUAUCUUUAUAAGUGAGAUUGAUCUCAACAGCAUAGCAUAUGAUGAUGGAAGGUUAAAAGAAGGAGAUCAAAUUCUACAGAUUAAUGGUGAAGAUGUAAUAAACAAGGAUCAAGCGUUAUCACUUUUCCUUCUUCAGACUCCAUGUACUUCACUAUUAGUUUGCAGACCACAACUUAGGUUUGAAGACUGCCUGUAUGAAGGAAACGCUCUACUGGAUGAUCUUCAGAUGGACAUGUUAGAACAAACACACCAAGAAGCCAUGCAGUUCACAGCUUGUCUACUACACUCCGAGGGCAGACCAGAUGAUGAUGGAACCACAGACACUGGAACAACUAACACCUCCAAUCACCUAGAGAAGGACAGCGGUGUGGGAAGAGCUACGGACGAGAGUACAAGACAUGACGAGAGCUCAGAGCAAGAGAUCCUGGUAGAUGAUGCAAGUAUCAACCAGAAGUUCCCUGUGGAUACCACUAGCUUGGGCAGUGGGGGUGACCUCAGGUACAGCAACGACAGCUUCACGUCCAACUCAACGGCAGAGCAUGACUUCAUGGGCCAUGAUAUCUCAGUGGAGGAAUGCAUGAAGUUCCAAGCAGCUCUGGAGAGCAAGUGUGACAAUAAGCAUUUAAGGAGUGAUACCGAUGAAAGCAUGAAAGGAAAAGAGACCAAAGUGAUGAGGUUGGGAUCAGACUCCAUGGAUACUACCAGUCAGAGUGGGGAUUCGCUGAACAGGCCUUGUCGCAAUCGCUUGAUCUGUGAUCAGCAGGAUGAGCUUCAGAAGGAAAGGAGAAUCAAUGGCCAUGAUGUGUGGUUGUCCAAUCAUGCACAGGAUGAACAAUUAGACACUAUUCCUUGUCAAUGUCCAAGCUCUGAAUCAAGUCAAAAGGUAGAUAUGCCUGAGAAAGACAACUCACACCAGCGACAAGAGGACCUGUCGCCAGAAACCAAAGAAGAAGCCAAUAAGGAGAACGGUUUGCCAUCAAAUGAGAGGCAGCACAGAAGGUCUAGCUCAGGCUCAGGAAGAUCUCAUAGAGCUCCAAGAACUGUUCCUGGUAGUCCAGGAGGAAGGAGCAAAUCUUCUUCGAGCUCCAGGGAUAGAUCAAAGAGCACUAGCAGUUCAGGGUCCACCAAGGGCUCCGGCAAGGACAAGCAUUCUAGCCCCAGUAAGGGAGCAUCCACAAACAAUGGAGAAACAAACCACAAACAUCAACAAACCCAGCAGCAGCAGCAACAGCAACAGCAACAGCAACAGGACCAUUUAGGACAGCUACCAGGUGCAAAAGCAUAUCCACGCAGUCCUGCCACAAACCCUCAUCUCAGAGCACAGUUCGGCCAACGCAGUCCAUACUUAAUGCAGCAUGAUUCUACAAGGACUAACCUAUUAAAGCACAAUUGGAAGGUCCAACAGCAAGCGUCACAGCUGAAGAGGAGCUUUGACAAGUAUGGUAGCAUCCAGAGCCUGCAGUCUGUGCCAGGGUAUGCCAAGCACUAUCGUAGCUACCUCCAUCUUAUCAACCAGAAUGAGGAAAAUGCCAUGAAAUCUCAGAACAAUUCACAAGGAAAUUCAGAGGGGCAGUGGAAGGUUAAGAUCAGGAGUGAUGGCACACGCUACAUCACCAAGCGCUCAAGUCGUGAUAGACUCCUGAAGGAGCGAGCCACCAAGAUUCAAGAAGAGCGUGCCGGGAUGACGACGGAUGAUGAAGCAGUUAGCGAGAUGAAGCUUGGAAGGUACUGGAGCAAGGAGGAUCGUAAGCGACAUUUAGAACGUGCCAAGGAUCAGCGGUUGAGACGAGAGUAUAUGCAGCAGGCACGCAUGGAAUGUCUUCAAGAACUAGAGGAGGAUAUACUGAGUGGCGGCGGAAAGCGGGAACCUGACAUUGUGGAGCUGAGCCAUCGAAAGCUGAAUAAGAGGAAAGGUCGCAAAAUGAUGCUUGAUGACUUCACCACCGUGCAGGAGAUGUUGAUUCAUGGGUCAAAAGUCAGUCCAGACUCAGCUAAAGAGUUCAGUCCUUUCCUUAAUGUUACCAUGGUAUGACAGCAGUCUAUUUAUAUUCUCUUAUUUUACCUAGUUUCAGUCUUCUCUUUCUGUCAUGGAAAUAAUAUUAUAUGGGCAGCAAGGUUUCUAUGCAUUUUUUAAAUGGUAUAGCCAGUGACAAAUCCUAGUUUGAUUAUAAAAUAUAAAUAUUGUAUUGGAAUCAGUCAUGCCAUAUGUGAAAGAUGUGCAAGCACUUAUCAUACAUAAAUUAGAAUAGGUCAAAGUUCUUUAGAAUUAUCCCUGCAUCAAAUUAUAAUAGAAAGUCUAAUUGCCCAAUUAUGAGGUUUGCUGCAUCAAAUAGUCAAUUUACUUAGUUUCCUUAAUUCCUGAGAGAUCAUGGUAGAUUAAAGCGUUCAUUUGACUGCAUGACUCAGCUUCGCAAUUGCCAGACCAUUCUGAUGAGGAAAACUGGCUCCAGCUCUGUGCCAAACAUAUGACGAGAGGAGUUUAAUUGAACGGUUUAUAUUUAUCUCUAUUUCGUGCAUUCUGCGAAUCAAAGAUGGGAGUCUGAAAUAAUGUAAGCAAACCACAAGAAAUGAUUACCCCUGCCAAAUGAAGUUAAUUAAAUCCUGGCAAUGCUUUAAAUUUGCUACUGUCAUAACCUGGGCAUUCGACCAUCUGUGUCUCUGAUGGAUGAUUUAUCCAUCCGACAGGCUUGCUCUAGCUGCUCGGCCGGCCGGCCAGCAUCCUCCUAGCUCUCAUUAAAUCCAGCAUUUCUUCUCCUUUCUGUCCAUCAUGGCCAUUGUUUAUGAUGAGACAGACCCAGAGCAAGGGCUUGCUAUCUAUUCAAAUCAUCCGUACAAAUCACUUUAAGCUGCUAAUCAGUCCCGUGCAAUUGCCAGGAUUACAAUUCUUGUAAUGGGAUGACAUCAAUUAAUGUGUUUGCCUUGGUAUGUCUGUAAGAUGUUAAGUCAUUAUGAACUCACUGAUGGAUCCAUGUAAUGAUGGCCGUCUCACUAACUGUCACUAUUUUAUGAGCUCACUAUUUUGUUCUCACGGACGCUAUCCACCCUGCCAAGGUGAUCAAGUUUCUAUGUAUCUAAGUUCAAAUGCAGAGUGUCAAAAUACAUUUGUCCUGUAUGAUUUCACAUUCAUCUAUUAUGCCAAAUAUUGUUUAUUUUAUUUGAUAGAUGUGUAUAGAUUAAUGUAAAUAUGUAUUAAAAGAAGGAAAGUUAUCAUUUUAAAAAGAUGUUUUAAACAUAAAUGCAUUUCUGCUAUUGAUUAAUUUUUUUUAAAUGUUGAUAGAGUUAAGGUAUGAUUUUAUGUUUUAGUGUAGCAUCUCUGGCUCACUGGUGUGUGCUUACCUCUCUCUUAAAGUGUUAUACGGAAAUCUGUUAAAAGGGACCAAUUUUGGAAAAGUUAACAUUUCCUUUGCAAAUAACAUGUACAUUUUUACAGAAAUUUUCAAAUUAGGCCUCCAUUAAGCGAGCUCUAAAGUAUGCAACUGAUGGAGGGUCUGAUAGAAACCUAGUUCACUAUAAUGUGUGAUUUCCACCCUUCGAUCAUGGAACAAUUAACAGUCUGAUCUGACAAAAAAUAAUGCUGUAUUUAUACUUUCUUAGAAAUUCUUUCCUUCAUCAUCCUUUCUUGUAACAAAAUUAAAAGAGAGGGGGAGAGGGGGGGGCAGAAGUCUUUCUGGUUUCAUGUCUUGCCUUCUGUGAGGUCAAAAAGCUUGAUGAUUUUUUUUUUUUUUUAAAGGGUAAAGAAAAGGGAAAGGAGAUGGAAAAGCGAGUAGAAAGAAGGUGUCCGGGAGGAUGGUAAAACGAUUGCUAGAAGGGAUACGAGGAAACGUGACACUAUUCAAUCUUGUCAUGAGGAAUGGAGACCAGGAUUGCCUUUUGUACGUUCUCCAGAUCAAUCAUCCCCUCUCUCUCUCUCUGCUUCCAUCCCCAAUCUGCUUUUCACAAAAGAGAGGAACAAUAAGGGAAAGGUGAAGUGGGUGGGGAUUGGGGAAUAAGUAGGACAGCCAAAAUAAAAGGUGUAGAAAAUGAAAUGAAUUUGGAAAUCUGGAAUUGACACAGUAAGAGAGUGCUGUAGAGGGAGGGUAGGUGCUGUAUUAUGUGGGAGUGCGAGGAAGGUUAACCCCCAGCAUUUAAAAGGGCCACAUCGUACCGACUCAAAAUGCUAUUUCUUGGCUUAUUUUUUUAGAUUUGAGCAACUCAUUUUGAAAUGUAUCUCGUACAUUUGCUUGGCCUCCUCUAUUUAUUUGACUUGGCAGCUGGUGCUGAUCAUAAUGUUCAUGAUGUAGUAUCAUGACAAAUUAAAAUGUUCCUUUUCUUGCGCCUACAUCUUGACUGAAGGAUAAAGAUAAGCCUAUGGGUUUUCUGGUGAUUCUAGCAACUUUAGUAGUAUCCUCUGCAAUGGAAAAUCAGUGCAUUUCUAUCGCUGAAAAAUAACAAUUGAAUUCUUAGGGGGUGAAAAGGGAAUGUAAUAUGUUAACAUUUUUAUUACAAUAUAAAUCAAUCAAUAUUCAGGACCGAGGUAUUUUUUAUAUAAUUUGAUUUGUAUUAAUUUAAUAAUUCCAAUUGUUGUGACACUGUAUAGAGCAGACCUAGCCCGAGUGACGACCAUGAUUUUGAUUGUUUGUUUUGUUUGUGACAGUAUUUCUUUGAUUUGUGCCAAAUGUGACAGACUUAAGACUACACUCCUGCACUAGUUGUGUGAUCAAAUGUAGCAAUAGAUCAGCAUGUUAUGAUGUAUGUAUAUUCGUAAGGAAAAAAAUGUAUGCGGUCAUUUCAAGUCCGCAUGCCUCUUUUUGCCAAAUGCGAUUUUGCUAUUAUUUGUCCAGUUUUUAGAGUAGACAAAAAAAAGAUAUAUGAUUAUUUAUUCAAAUUUGCCUCUCGUUGUCUUCUUAUGCAUAUUAUCAAUCUUUUUAUACACUUGAUAUUCCUUUGUGUAUGCUUUCUUAUAUUUGAAAAUAUAUCUAAAUAUGCAUGGACAGACAUAAGGUGGAUGUCUAUAGUGAAUGAAUGUAGGGUGAUAGUGGACAAGUAUGAAAGUAUGUAUAUCUAUUUUGUACAGUCUUGUAAAAAUGUGUAUUACAGAAUGAAAAACAAAAAUUAUAAUAAAUCUAUUACUACAAGUAUUUCAAUAUAUUAUUGUGACAAGAAUGGAGAAUGUCGCAAUGUGUCUUUAUAACGUGGAUGUGAUUGCAUCGCAGCAAUGUGCUGUGUAUUUAGUAUGGGAUAAUGACAGAAGCAUUGGGUUGAUCCAGUGUUUAUAAUUGAGUGUUCUGUAACUUGUGAAAUUCUUGGUGAUUUGGCAUUCUUAUGAUGGAAUCAAUGCUCAUUUUAGGACAAGAAGUGGGCAUGAAAAUUCCAACUCGUAGAUUUAAAUAAGUGACUGUAUUUAUUUUUUCAAAAACAGAGCAUUUGUUUUUUUGAAACCCUCUCGGGUUGCAUCCUGUUGCUUGCCGCAUUCUUCUAAUUUCAUAUUAUAGGUGACCUGUAAAAUAAGAUGUAUUAAUUAAGUCAAAAUAAGACAAAAGGAGAAUGUGAAAGGAAAAUUGAUGAUUUAAUUGUAUUUCUGUCUUUCAUAGUUUCAUUGUCUUAGGGGGUUAAGUACCACUGUCAAAGAAAAUAUAUCACAGUUUACACUUUAGGCUCUUUUCAGUAAAUAUUUGCUUCUAAAUUCUAAUCAUUUGAAGUAGUUUGCAUUAUCUUUCAUGUCAAUGCAGAUUAAGUUACAUUUGUAGAGGACUAUUCAGUAAGUCUAAUGGGGAAAAGCUAAAUAUAGAUUAUCACUCAAAUUGAUACAGGAUGCUAUUUUCCAUUAACUCUAGUGUGUAUUUGCAGAAAGAUACCAGACAAGAAAUCUCCUGCAUUUUCAAUCUAUUUCCCUUCUUAUACCUGUAUCAUGUUGCAUUUAGAUGUGCCGUAAACUUGUCAGAGGUGUGUUUCAGAAAGGUACUGCUCAAACUAAUAUGAUAGUAGAGAUUCUGUCUCUACUUCCCUUUAGCUAGUCCUGAGUUAGUAAUCUAGCACGUAAGGGGUAAGAACAAGAAUCUCCUUGCUUUCAUCUCACGCACAUCCUCAAUUGGUAUUGAUUUCAUCACCCAGGUGUGACGGUAUCACCAAUGGCGGUGCUGGCUGGUCCUCCUGUUUGCCAAAAAAUCAUCUCCCACAAUUUCACUGGAAGGUAUUUGCCAGCAACUGCAUUCAGAGUUAACGCCCCAAGGUUUUUUUUUUCCCUUCCUCCCAUCGAGAUGGGUUUGCAAUUUGGCGAGAAUUUCUCAGUGUUCAGGUGCUGGUGGCUGCAUUUUUCCUUUGCAUAUUGACGCAAGGAAGAGCGGGCGGGUAUGGCAGGUAAAUACCAAGCGUGUUUGGACUGUCGGGAAAGCGUUCAAGGAUGACACGGGUCAGUGAGAACGACCCAAAGUAGAGCUAGAAAUUAGAAGCUUGUGCCCCCCUCGUUGUCCUUCAGCAAAUUUGAGGGACGAAACGCCUCGUAUUUGAGCAAAAUGGUGGUUAAAUUGAUUUUUAUAGAGCCGAUUAUUUGUGAAUAGGGAUCAUAUUCAGACAGUGAUAGGGGGAUGCAGAGGAAUGGAAGGGGGUGAUGUAUCAAGUAUAAUGUUAAGUUCAGUGUACUCUUUCUUCCUCUAAUGAACAGAGAGAGUGGAGUCUUUUGGAAUUUCUAUAUAUGUAUUUUUAUGUGUUUGCACAAGGUCAAGCACAACACAUUUUCACAUUGUGCAUUUGAUAUGAAUGUUUAAUCUAUAUAAUGUUUGUUGUUUUAUUGUAAAACUUAAUUAUGGAUACUUUAAGAAACUUGUAAACCUGUACAGAGAAAGAUGAUGAAUUAAAUACUUCACCAAAAAGAUA